UACAAAAUAUAAACAUGAUAGUACAGCCGCGAGCUUUGUCAUAGAAUGUGUCGGAAAUGACGUGAGGAAAGUAAACCCACUUCCUUCUACUCCCCGCGAAGAUUUCGUUGUUGAUGCAAAUGACAGACAUGAACCCUGCAGUUUUUUAAAGUUUAAAAUCAAGCAGAAACAUUGAAGAUGUCUGAAUCGAGAAAAAGGUCUAGAGGGAAUCAAGAGGAAUCUGCUGGAACGUCCAAUGGAUUGGGUGGGAGGAACAGGUCAGAGAGAGCUAUGGAUAUGGGUGAUGAAGAUGAUAUUGGUGCCGGACCCUCAGGUAUUAGUGAGGAGGAUGAUGAUCCAACACGCAGGAGAGAGAUCAGGAGCAAGUACAGGGAUCUGAUCAAUCAAGUCCAGCAAAAUCGUGAGGACAUGUUGAACCCUGCUAACAAUAAACUCACUGAUGUUUUAGAAGAGGCCAACAAACUUUUUGCCAAUGUGAGGCAGGCUCGUGAAGCAGCGCUAGAUGCUCAACUUUUGGUGCUAGCCACUGAUCUAGGGAAGGAAAAGGCCAGCCAGCUACAUGCUGAAGGCUCUGCGUUUGACCCGUCUGCAUUUGCAGAACAUUUGUUGUCCUUCAUGGGUCUGAAUCGUUUGGAAGAUGAAAGUGGUCAGGAUGGGAACUUGGAGGGAUAUUUACCACAAGGUGCAUGGCAGAGGCUUGCAAAGAGAUCUGAAUACUGCUUCAAAACAGCCCCUUCAUUCCAUUAUAUGUUGGGCUCGUUUUUGGCAGAGCCUCCUCCGCCACGACAGAGAGUUGAAAGACAAAGGAAAGCCCCCAGCAAAGAGGCAAAACGAAUUAUGCCCACCCAGCUAAAGAAAAUGGAAGAAUCACACCAGGAGGCGACAGAGAAAGAGGUUGAAAGAAUCUUAGCAUGGCUUCGAGGUUACUUUGCUGAUGAUUCUGAGGAUCAUAUUUCAUAUUACGAGUUCGUCGUUGACCCCAGCUCCUUCUCUCGGACUGUGGAGAACAUCUUCCACACAUCUUUUCUCAUUAGGGAUGGUCUGGUGAGGAUGUACAUGGAUGAUAAUGGGCUUCCUUGUAUAGCUCCAGUAGAGGAAGGUGAGGUGGAGCCUGGUGGGGCUGCCAUCCGACAUCAGUGUGUCAUCUCCAUCAGCCAGGAAAGCUGGAGGGAAAUCAUUGAUGCCUUUGAUAUUAAAGAAGCUUUGAUCCCUGCUCCAGAAGUUUCGUCACAGUAAAGCUAAGUUAGCGACAGCUGCUGAAAUGUUUGUAAAAUAAAAACUGUUGUCUUCUUUUUAUAUUUUUUAAUAUUUGGAAUCUCAAUUUUAAGAGUUCUGUCUUUGAAUACUGUAUAAAGUGUAAUAAUUCUGUCUAUUACAAUAAAUGUAAAGUCAACUUGCAUUUGGUGCAAACAUGGACGAUUCAUAACUCUUCACUCUUUGUAGAUGUACAUCUCUGCUCUCUUUCUCUGAAUUAGAAAUAUUCAGAGCAGCAGGUCAAUUGUGUGUAUAUAGACUGGUGUCUGGAUGCUUGAAAAUGUUUCUCACAGUUCACUGUAUCACUAUUUCAUAAAACAGGUUUGCUUUGUAAACUAUUAUUUAACGAUAUCAUCCUUUUUGCAAGUCAAAUCUUCAUUUGCACUUAUACUACAUAGUGUCCGCUUAUGUAUUUACAGGUAAUUUCCUCGUAUAUCGUUUUGCUAAGCUGCUCCGUUAAACCUAUCUGUGUUUUGUAUAGAUAUCUAUAUGUAUAGAUAAGAAACUUAAUGCAGAUAAACUAAACAUACGCAUAGUGUAGUUUUUGAAUUUUUUGAAUGUAUUAAGAUGAACCUCAUAUUUGCCAUAUGGUGACUGCCCUGUUAGUAAUCACGUUCAGAUUAGUUAAACACUACCAUCUAGUGGUGAAAUAACCUUUUUUUGGAGCAAAAUGCACUGGAUAAAGCUGAAUUUGUGUGAAUGAGUUUUAAAACUGCUCUUUAAAGAAUUCUUAAACUGCUGCUUCUAGUCAAGGAUAUUUGCACAGUCAUAGCAAUAGUUGUAUUUUGCGCUUUGUUGUCUGUUACAUGUUUAUAUGAAGUCUGUGUAAAAUGCUUAUGCAGGGAGGCAAUAGAGAGCUGUCAAUGUGUGCAGUUUUGUGGCCCUCCAUAUGCACACAGAUUGGUCCAAGCUUGGAUUAACUGCCCUGUAGUUUGAUCCCACUGACAUCUGAAGCCUUUUGGAGGGAUCUGCCUGCUGUCUGAGUAACACUCAUGUUCACAAGACGCUUCUCUAAGCUGCAGGGACUUUUUGGACGGUGUAGUGGUGUAAAUCAGCAUUCAGGUCAGUGAAUGAAGUUGAGAUUUUAGUGUAGUAUUGCACAGAGGUUGUUUUUGUUGAUUUCUUACAGCAGUUUUUUUUUUUUUUGUUUAAUUAUAUAUUUUCAUUUAUGAUUUUUUGCUCAUUUAAAAAUGGUCUUUAGGCUUAUCUGCUUGUUUAGGUGUGGUUUUAUGCUUUAUAUGCUUUUAUUUUUAUGCUUCAUAUGUUUUAUUAAAUGUUCAAACAUGUUUUAGGGUCACUGUGCUGGCUCACUGCUUAAAGUUUAAUAUCUUUGUAUUUCAAAUUGUCUGAAAUCCUGUUUUACUCAAAUGGCAAAAUAUAAAAGCAAAAUUAUUUAUAUA